CCAUUCUCCUCUCCUCCCAAUUUCUCCAUCCCCAACUCCCAAAACCAGCCCGCUCCUCCUCUUUUCUUUUCCUUCUUCUUUCCAUUCCUUCAUAGCUUUCUCCCACCCUCUCUACUCGCAGCCUCACGAACUUCUUCCAGAUCUUUUCCCCGCCUUGAGCCGCUCGCGCCGAGUCUCCCGAAUUCACAAUGGUUCUGCACAACCCCAACAACUGGCACUGGGUCAACAAGGACGUGUCGGAAUGGGCUAAGACGUGGUUUGAGAACAACCUCCUCAAGGUUGAGGCCGAGAACGGCGAUGUCAAGGCCAAGAUUAGCAAGAUCCAGAGCAUGGACGGCGAUGUCGACGUCAGCCAGCGCAAGGGCAAGGUGAUUACCAUCUUCGACGUCAAGCUGGUCCUGGAGUACUCUGGAUCCGCUCCGGGAGAGGACGACGUAUCGGGCACCAUCACCGUGCCUGAGGUCGCCCACGACACCGAAGAGGAUGAGUACGUGUUUGACGUAGACAUCUUUGCCGAGUCCAAGGAGAAGCAGCCCGUUAAGGACCUCGUCCGGUCCAAGCUUGUGCCCCAGCUGCGCGAGCAGUUCCAGAAGCUUGCUCCAGCACUGAUCGCUGAGCACGGCAAGGAUAUCCAGCAUGCCCCUGGCUCCAACCCGUCUAGCGGCUUCACGACCCCUAAGGUCCACCCACAGAACGUUGCCCAGAAGGUUGCUUCGACCUCGACCUCCCAGACCAGCGUUGGUGGUACCGUGAACACUGUCACUGUCACCGACAACGAGGAGUUCCGUACCACUGCCGACGAGCUGUACCAGACCUUUGUCGACCCCGGCCGACUGGCUGCCUUUACUCGGUCUCCUCUUAAGGGGUUCGAGGGCGCCAAGAAGGGCGGCAAGUUCGAGCUGUUUGGCGGAAACGUCACCGGCGAAUACCUUGAGCUCGAACCUGGCAAGAAGGUCGUGCAGAGCUGGCGCCUGGGCCAGUGGCCUGCCGGUCACUACUCCAAGCUCCAGAUCGAGUUUGACCAGAACGACGUCGACCACGUCACCGUUAUGCGUGUCACCUGGGACGGUGUCCCUGUCGGACAGGAGGACGUUACCAAGCGCAACUGGCUCGAGUACUACGUCAAGAGCAUUAAGCAGACCUUUGGCUUCGGCACCAUUUUGUAGACGAUCCCGCAAGGGUGACCAAACAGAGUCGGGGAGUCGGGGAACCACGGCGGAGGUGAAUUUGCAGAAUCAAUGCGCUCUAUCUGGGGGUAGUACCAGGGGAUCGAGGAAGCUACCAUGGUGGCGGGUGGAAGACGCACUCGCGUCUUCAGUGGUCUGCGCAAGGCCAAGGAGCGUGUGGAUAUGAUUACAAUGAGCGAUUUGAAUGAUGAAUAAUGGGUGGGCCUCCUUCAUUGGCCAAACAAGAUGACCUCGAUUGACGCCUCGAGUGAUUAUAUGUGAAGACUGUAUGUAAUUUGGAGGUUUCCAAGUUUAAGAUAAGUAUCUAUGUGUAAACCGAAAUCUAUUAACCG